AUGAGAAAUAAAUCUACAACUGUUUCAUUCAGACCUUAUGGAUUAAGGAGUGUUGUUUUUGGCAUAGAGGGAGGAAAACCAUUGAUUUAUGUUAUAGAAGCAGAUGGUAAUUAUGUAGAAUAUAAGAAGUGUGCUGUUGGUAAUAAAAACGAAAACUGUAUAGAGAAAUUGUUGGAAAACGACAAUCAUUUUAACGCUUUAGAUGCUUUAUUAUGUGUAAUACAAAAAGAUGUUUCUAAAAUUAAAGGAUUUAGACUUAAUAGUGAUGGAUUAUCAGAAAUCCCAAAUAAUGAGAUAGAAAGUCAUUUAAAUGAAUAA